CGGACGUUGGCGCGCGACCCCGGGCGGUCGGUUCCCUCGUUGCCUCAGCCGUGCGCCCCCCGAAGCUUCGAUUGGCAGACAGAUGCUCGUCAGUUUUCAUUUUCCCCCGGAUGAUAGUCGUGAGUCCAGGCCCUGAGGUUCACUUCCUGCCUGCAAAGGUCCACUUCUGGUCUUCCAGCCCAUUACGUCCUUUCUGCUUUCUGUCCACUUCCUGUUUACCAGAGUUGACUUCCUGUGCCUCGAUCCGCUUCCCGCCGCCGGUGUCCGAGGCCUUGACUUUGACUUCAUCGCUGGAUGUUUUUCGCUCCUCUGACGCGACGGAGUGGGUGAGGUCUGGACUCCCGCUGGAGGCCCGGCGUACAUCAGCUUUGCUCCGUUCCACUUCCUGCCCACUUCCACACUCCAAUUCCUACCCUCCAAUCCCAGUUCACUUCCUGUCCGCAUCCGUUCCAGUCCCGGUUCACUUCCGUUCCAGUCCCGGUUCGCUUCCGUUCCAGUCCCGGUUCACUUCCGUUGCAGUCCCGGUUGACUUCCUGUCCGCAUCCCUUCCAGUCCCGGUUGACUUCCUGUCCGCAUCCCUUCCAGUCCCGGUUGACUUCCUGUCCGCAUCCCUUCCAGUCCCGGUUGACUUCCUGUCCGCAUCCCUUCCAGUCCCGGUUCACUUCCUGUCCGCAUCCCUUCCAGUCCCGGUUCACUUCCGUUCCAGUCCCGGUUGACUUCCUCUCCGCAUCCGUUCCAGUCCCGGUUCACUUCCGUUGCAGUCCCGGUUGACUUCCUGUCCGCAUCCCUUCCAGUCCCGGUUGACUUCCUGUCCGCAUCGGUUCCAGUCCCGGUUGACUUCCUGUCCGCAUCCCUUCCAGUCCCGGUUCACUUCCGUUCCAGUCCCGGUUGACUUCCUGUCCGCAUCCGUUCCAGUCCCGGUUCACAUCCGUUCCAGUCCCGGUUGACUUCCUGUCUGCAUCCGUUCCAGUCCCGGUUCACUUCCUGUCCACUUUUUGUGCUUUUCCUCCUCGCUUUUGACAACGAGCGACAUUUUUUGCAGCGCAGACGCGGGGCGCCGAGCACCCCGGGAGCCGGCGGCCAAUGAGAGGCCCGGACGGCGCUCGUAUUCAAAGGAGGUGCCCAUAUAAGGAGAGGAGGGCACGCCCCUUUCGGGUCCCGCGGGAGAUCCGAGCAUCCUGCCGGCCGCCCGGCCGGCCGGGAGAAGAAGACGGAAGACGGCGGAGAAGACGCUUUCCUCCGAGGAGGGGGGCGGUGGGGGCAAAUGCGCUCGGCUCACCCGCAGCGCCGCCCCCCCUCCUCUCCUCCUCCUCCUCCUCCUCCUCCUCCUCCUCGUGGCGUGCUGGACCUCCUUUUGAAGGCGGGUGUUGUUCUCAAAGCUUCUUUCUGCCUUCUCUUGGACUUUUUCCUCUUCAUCCCUUCAUCCAGGCUCUGCCGUCUUGACCGGCGCCCGCCGCACCUUCGCAGGAAACAACAACCCCCCCCCCCUCCCCCCCUUUGGGAUGCCCCCCCGCUGCGCUCUUCCCCACGCGGAGUGCUGACGCUCUCCGUCCGAGAUCUCCCAUCAUCGCUCCGGAGGGAUCGCACCUUCCGGACCGGGGACGACCCCCCCCCCCCCCAACCCCCACCCUGCUUUUGGGAAAGUCCCUCCUUCAACCCCCUCCCCGGAUUACCCCUUCAUCUUCCUCCUCUUCUUCAUCGUUGCGGCAGCGAUGUUCUCCGUCCAGGACGGCCUCCCGCGGGGGGGUCUCACCAUGAAGGAGGAGCCGCUCCCCGGCGGCAUGACCCCCGUGCGCUCCUGGAUGGCCGGCGGGGGAAUCCUGGACGCCAACACCGCCGCGCAAAGGAGUACAACGGCGAGAAGACCAACAACGGCAUCCAUUACAGGUUGCAACUUCUCUACAGUAACGGCAUCAGGACGGAGCAAGACCUUUACGUGCGCCUCGUCGACUCCAUGACCAAGCAGGCCAUUUUGUACGAGGGCCAAGACAAGAACCCGGAAAUGUGCCGCGUUCUGCUGACCCACGAGAUCAUGUGCAGUCGCUGUUGUGACAAAAAAAGUUGCGGGAAUCGAAACGAGACGCCCUCUGACCCCGUCAUCAUUGACAGGUUCUUCCUGAAGUUCUUCCUGAAGUGCAAUCAGAACUGUUUGAAGAACGCGGGCAACCCCCGAGACAUGCGGCGCUUCCAGGUUGUGGUGUCGACCACCGUCAACGUGGACGGUCACGUGCUGGCCGUGUCCGACAACAUGUUCGUCCACAACAACUCCAAACACGGGCGCCGCGCGCGCCGCCUGGACCCGUCCGAAGCCACGCCGUGCAUCAAAGCCAUCAGCCCCAGCGAAGGUUGGACCACCGGGGGGGCCACCGUCAUCCUUAUCGGAGACAACUUCUUCGACGGCCUCCAGGUGGUCUUCGGGACCAUGCUGGUGUGGAGCGAGCUCAUCACGCCACACGCCAUCCGCGUCCAGACGCCUCCUCGCCACAUUCCCGGCGUGGUGGAGGUCACGCUGUCCUACAAAUCCAAACAGUUCUGCAAAGGGGCGCCCGGACGCUUCGUCUACACAGCUUUGAACGAGCCCACCAUCGACUACGGCUUCCAGAGGUUACAGAAGGUCAUCCCCCGCCACCCCGGGGACCCCGAGAGGUUACCUAAGGAGGUUCUGCUGAAGCGGGCCGCCGACCUGGUGGAGGCGCUGUACGGGAUGCCCCACAACAACCAGGACGCCAUCCUGAAACGGGCGGCCGACCUGACGGAGGCGCUGUACGCCGGCGUCCCUCGCGCGCACAACCAACUGCCGGCGGCGGCGCACUCGGGAAUGAUGGGCGUCAACUCCUUCGCCAACCUCUCGGAGGCGACGCAGGCCGACCAGGGUUACUCGCGCAGCUCCAGCAGCGUUUCCCCCCGCGGGUACGUGCCGAGUUCCACGCCCCAGCAGUCCAACUACAACGGCAUCAACAGCGUCACGCCGUCCAUCAACGGCUACGCCGCCGCCGCCGCCAUGAGCAACCUGGCCGUGCCCGGCUCGCCCGGCUUUAUCAACGGCGCCAACUCCGCGUACGCCGUCAAACUGAAGAGCGCCUUCGCCCCCGUGGUGCGGCCACAGACCUCCUCCCCGCCCCCCAAUGGCGGCAGCCUCCAGGCGAUGGCCGGCCUCAUCGUCCCGCCCAUGUGAGACGUCGCCGCGCUCGACGGAUGCGCUGAGCCUUCGGAGCUUCCCGCCUCUACUUUGAAGGUCACGUGACUGCCGCGUGCCCCCGGGCGUUUGACUUCCCGUUUGUUGCGGGGGGAGCUUCCGGGAACAUCCCGAUGACGUCGUCACGGUCGGCCAAUCAGCUUGAAGCGUUCGGGCGCUCCCAUAUGCUAGCAUGACGCUUCUUUGUUUUUCAUCUUCUGGGCAAAUUUAUGUUAAUGAGCUCCAAAAAGGAUCACGAAGGGAACAAUUUUGGAUUGUUUUUGGGAAGGGGACCAAGUCCAGGGGUUCCGUCAUCAGAGCGGAGUCUUCCCGAAGGGGGCGGGACCGACACGUCUUCUUCUUUUUCCUUCCGCUGCAACUUCCUCUUUUUUGUUUUUUUUUGUCAGCGUGAUUCUUGUUUUUCGCUAUUUAUAAGCUUCAUUAGAUGUUGGCAACGUUUCUCGACUUAGACGUUAUUGUAAAAAAUGUUUUGUUAACGAAAAGCACGACAUCUUUCUGAACGUUGGCUACUUUUUGUAAAAAAAAGAAAAAAAUGGAUCAAUAAACGUGUCUGACACGCGUACACAAACGCAGCAGCAGCUAAGCUAAAAGCUAAAAACGGAAAGUUGUUGAUUUGUCCCCCUUUUUCUUUUUUUUUUUUCUUUUUUCGUCCGAAAAAAGACCUGACGCAUUUGUUUCAAAUUGGCGCAAUUGCAAAGUUUGAUGACGAGCUAACGUGCGAAGUGCAGCGCGUGGCGCCUUUGGAACGGUUCCACCUUUCUCCAUGUGAAAUGAGGAGUUUUUGAAAGGAUAAAUACUGUGUACAGCGCUUUAGUAGAAGUGGUUCCGGAAAGUCAACUUUGCUUUUCAGUUUUCUUUGUAAGUAUUCUUUCGGCUUGUCCCUUUCGGGGUCGCCGCAGCGUGUCAUCUCAGAUGAACGCGCAUACAUGUUUGGCACAAUUUUUUUUUUUUUUUUUUUUUAUACGCCGGAUGCCCUUCCUGACGCAACCCUUCUCAGGAGGUGGAGGCCCCCAGUGGGAUACGAACCCGCAACCCCUGGUUUACCAAGCCGGUGCUCUAACCACUGAGCUACGGGGCCUCGCUUUUCAGUUUUCUUUGCGGGGCGAAAAUGGCAAAAAGCACAAAAAGUUGUUUUGUACUCCUACGCACGACACAUUUGUACUGACGUGAACGGGCCAUUCACGGAUCAGCGGCACUCAAGAAGUUUCGGCGUGGGCGGCCCCGCCCUCUUACCGACGGUGCGACAUUCUUGGGGGGGGGUCACCGUCGGCCUCCGCGUGACAAAAAGCUCCAGCUGCAAAUGAGGAAGUGCUUGAUUUGGGUCCCACUUUGCCAUCCGUACUUGUCCAAAUGUUUCCCCAAAAGAAUCUCGACUCAAUGAUACGACGACGAGCCGCCUACUUUGGAGUACGCUCGACAUCUGCUGACGUUUUUCUUCUGUUGUUUCCUGCGACUUGUGCUUUUUGUACAGAAAAACUUCCUUCAAUAAAGUUUGAGGUGGCCUGACUGACUCCGCCCCUUUUGUCUUUUCGCUCCGUGCGGUGCGUUGACGCCGUCUCCCCGGAUCGCUUCAGUUCCGAAAAUGAAAACCAGGCGUGCGCUCCCGAGACCCGCUGCCGGGGGGGGGGGCACUCCUGACGACCUCGGCAGAAGUCGGCGGUUCGCUUACGGCGCCGCGCCCGAG